AUGUUUUCGAAUGAUCCAGUACGACAAACACCAAAUAGUUUCUCGGUUUUUAUAUUAUUGUUGAAACGAUCUCUAUUACAAAUUUGUAGAAACAAAACACGAUUUGUGAUGGAUCAGAUAUUAAAUUUUUUUGCUGGUUCAUUUCUUUCAGCAUCUGUCAGUAACUACAGAUAUAUCGGUGCUCCACCACAAGAAUUAUGUGUGAUUAUGCCGAUGGUACUUCGCCAAUAUUGUCAAUCACCACUAGAUACUUUACAAUAUUUGUACACGUUUAUGAUUUUGGGACUUACAUUCUGUGGAAUUUAUGGUAGUAGUACAACAUUUGGUUGCGAGAAAGUGGUUUAUUGGCGCGAAAUAUCAUCAGGAAUGUCAGCAAUACCGUAUUUUCUUGCAAAAGCCGUAGCAGAUAUACCAAGAUUAAUAGCAGCAUCAUUUAUGUUUUCAAUAUCAUUUAUAAUGUUUUAUUCAAAUGAAACAAAAUUUUCUGAUCAUUUUUUAAUUAUUUUAUUAAGUUAUAUUGCAGCUUGGGGUUCAGGAUAUUUCAUAUCAAUCAUUGUGAGUAAAGAACAAAUAGGACUUGUGGGAACAGCAUUUGCACUUGCAUGGGGUUUGGUAUUUGGAGGAUCUAAUCCAAUUUUAACAGAAGUUGAAUCUAAUUCAAGUUAUGCAAGCAUACGUUGGUUAUGGGAGAUUUCAGCACAAAGAUGGGCAAUUGAAGCCGCAUAUUUAAAAGAACUUUCGUCAAAAGCAUGGCAUGAAAUUCACGACGCACCAUUAAAUUUUACAUAUAAAUUUGACGAGUAUGAUAAAUGUUUGAGAAAUAUUUGUUUGAUUGCAUCAUGUUGGUUUUUAUUGGCAUUUUUGGCAUUAAAAUUAAUCAAUAGAGAUAAACAAAAAUAA